AUACAGUGGUGUGAAUUGCUUUCUUUUCACCUUGCUUCUAAUAAAUGCUGCUUAUUUUCUGAUGAUGUCUUCAGCCUGGCUUCUCUUUCUCUUUCUGCAGAAAAUAUACGCCGCUGAAGCUGUGGUACACUAUGAGCCAUCGUUGAUCUCAGUGCGCUCUGGAUCGAGUGUAACUCUGCAGUGCAGACUUGAUCAGAGGACCAGUUACAGUGCUAAGUCUUGGUACAUGCAGAAACUAGGACAGGAACCAAAGGAACUGGUAAUCCGGUUAGCUAAUAAAACGGAACCCAUAUACAGCACAGGUUCAAACAGACUAAACAUGAACGGCAAUUUUCUGACUAUUAAAAAGGCUAGUAAGGAGGAUGAAGGAAUCUACUUCUGUGGAGGGACUAAAACGAACAAUGUAGUGUUUUCAUCUGGCAUGUUCUUAACAGUGACAGGUCACCCUCAGUUCAGCAUCUCAGUUCUCCAAACUCCAGCAUCAGGAUUGGUUCCUCCAGGAGAAGCAGUGAAUCUGCAGUGUACUGUUACUCCUAAUGUCUCAGUAGCAGAACUGAGAGUGUCCUGGAUCAGAUCUGCUGCAGGAUCAUCCUUUCCUGAAAUCAUCUUCACUCAUCACAACAGCAGCAGCAGCAGCCGUCAGUGUGAGAUCAGCUCCUCUAAAGAUAACUGUUUCCACACUUUCUCCAAGAUCGUCCUCAACAAUGAGAACAACUCUGGGACGUACUACUGUGCUGUGGUGACCAGCAAUGAGAUUGUCUUUAGCGCUGGAGCAACAUUAGAUUUCAACAGGUCUGAUGAUCGCACUACGUUCAGUCUGGAAGUGGCUUUUGGUGUGUCUGUGAUUUGGAUCGUUGCUCAAGCUGUUCUAAUCUGUAAGAGGACUCAGUGCAAACACUGCAGGGGCCUACAGGAGAAGCCAGCUAGUCAGGGCCACUACACUUCCUCUAGACUGAGGCUGAAGCGAGGACGGUCUGAUGUGAACUCUAAAGUGCAAUACUCCACAUUUACUGAUCAUCAAACUCAUUAGCUUUUAUCAUUUCCAAUCUACAUCUAUAUACAUCUAUAAUCGUUCACUAUGACUGUGAUCAUUAAUUAACAAUCCUCCAUUAUACGAUAAAAUGUAAAUUCACAUCUCUUUAAAUCUUUUUUAAUUAAUGUUUUAUUUUGCUCUGUGACUGUGAGAAUAAAUAAUUCUGUGUGUGUUUUUAUUGCAAAUUCCCUCUUUUUGACCUCUACUGUUUCCAUUGGUGGAGAUCUGUAGUAAAGCUUCACACAGUGUUUAGGAAAAUAUAUCAUAGGUGUUGAAAGUGGGUGAGAGGAAACUGUUGAAUGUAGUUUCAGUUCUCUAAAGGAGAGAUGUGUGAAACUUCACUCAGUAGAAUUUUUCACACGUGAUAAACUAACAGACUGAUGGUGUGUGAUAAGAUUCAGCCCGUGUGGAAAUGUAGGUCUUUCUGAUGUAGUAUCUUUCAGAUUUAAUAUUGACUGCUUUUGUUGUUCAAAUAUUUAAAAACAAAUGUGAAUCUGUACUUUUACUAAUAAACAAUGUUCAGCUUUUACCUAUUAGACAGAGAGUAAAUGCAUAAGCUGAUAUUUCUAUUGUCUGGUUUUAUUAAAUAAACUUUCCUGUUUUGAUAAUA